CAGGCUUUUUAUUCAUUUCGCGGGAAUGUUUUUACCUUAGUUAGGUACUGCAUAAAGUAAGAGCAGAUUAAAUGGGAUACAAUGGAAAAUUUUCAGGUGGAAAACUUCUUAGGGUAAUACAAAAGGUUAAGAUCCUGCUUUAGGUGAACGUCCUAAUUUAAAAUUUAACCCAGUUUAGAGAUUCCUACUGCAAUUUAUUGCUUUGGCAAACUUAGCAACAGUUAUCAUGUAUUUUUCUAACUUUACCUAUCUCAGGUGAAUGAAAUAACAUAUUUUUCCAGCCUUAGGGGAAUGUAGGCAUGGUUCGCACAGAGUGAACCUUCAAACGAUGCGAAUUUUCUCUUUGUUUGCAAAGAGCUGACUUACCAUUUCUUCUCGUCUCAUGAUCUUAAUAAUUAUCUAUCUUAUGGCUAAGAAAUGACAAACUAGCUUUUUGCAAUCCAAGAGAAAAUUUGCGUUGUUUGAAGGUUUACUCUGUGCGAACCAUGCCAACAUUCCCCUAUAGAAAAGCCUCAAGGUUAAGUUCAAGUUGAAAGAAAAAUCCAAAUUUUGCCUCUUAUAUUUUCCUUGUUUAUUGCGAUAAACUUAGUACAUUCACUUGUGGAAUGAUUCGGAAUAAACCAGCAUAUGACUUGGCACCCUCGUGUCCAUGAUUUAUGAUUUUUUGCUACUUCAUAAUUUACGUUUUAAUUCAAAAUGACCUUGCAUUCAUCUUUUCAAUUGAAAUUCUAUUAAAAGACACACUCAGGGCAAUCAUCUUCCAGAUGAACCCCUAAUAAAAAAAAGACACACUCUAAAUAUGAUAGUCAUGAUAGUUCUUAGUUCAAUUAGAAAUAGUUAAAAUAUAUUUGCUUGACAUGAGACAGGGAGAUUGAUUGUAUUGUAUUGUGACGCGUUCUCAAGAUUUCUAUCAAUUUAUAACUGAUAUGUUUCUCAUGUCAACCGAGUGACUGUGAUACAUUUUUUAUUAUUCUUUGUGCAUAUAGACAAUUUCUGUCUCGUCUACUGAAGGCACACAAUUGUUCAGAAUUGUUUUUAGCACUGUAGAGAUUAGGCAAAAAUAAAUACUUCCAGCAUUUUAGUAGAUAAAAGCUAUUCUCUUUUAUUCGAGAUCAUUCAGUUUGGCUUUAGGAGUGGCUAUGGAGUGGAAAAUUGCGCUUAGUGGGAGACUUCUCCAGUUUUUGGGUGCUUUUUUAGUGAAUUUCCACACAAUGGUUUACGCUGUUGUGGCAAUUUGGCCCUCAUCUGCCCUUCCUGUACUCCUGUCGAACUCUAGUCCCUUGCCCAGUGGUCAGAUAUCCAUAGGAGAUGCCUCUCUGAUUAGUUCAAUUCUCUACUUUGGAGGCCUAGUGGGUACUCUGAGUUUUGGCUACAUUGGAAAGAGAUUGGGUCAAAAAUUGAGCAUCCUCCUGGCCACAGUACCCGAAAUUGCAGCUGCUCUGUGCAUAAUUUUUGCCCAAAAUGUCUACUAUCUGCACAUAUCGAGAUUCCUCAGUGGAAUUGCCGGUGGAGCCAUCCAAUUAAUUCCAGCGUAUGUUUGUGAAAUUUCGGAAGACUGUAUCAGAGGAAUUCUUGGAUCAAUUCUGGGAAUUGUUGAUUGUGUCGGCGUUUUGGUUGGGGCUAUUGUGGGAGCAUAUUUGCCCUUCUACAGUGCUCCAUAUGUCCUCAUACUCCUAUCUGGAAUAUCUCUACUUUUCAUCUUUUUUCCAGAAUCUCCACAGUUUCUCCUGUUGCACAAUAAAAUCCCAGAAGCUGAGAAAUCACUUGAUUUCUUUCGCAAGCCAGCACCAAGGGAAAAGGUCACAGAAGAAUUUAAUCAUCUCAGGGAAUCAAUUCUGGAUACACAGAAAAAUUCUCCAGACAUUAUUAGCAUUCAAGAUUUCAAGAAUCCAACCACAAUAAAAGCCCUCGUGAUUUGUUUUGUGAUUUUCACUGGACGUCAAGCUUCAGGAAUUGGUCUGAUCCUCAACUUCAAUGGGUUAAUAUUCAAGGAAACGGGAAUGGAAAUGGAUCCCAAUUUAGGAACAAUAAUUUUUGCCAGUAUUCAACUUGUCAGUUUCUUUACAAUGUCAUUGUAUAUUGAUCGAUUUGGAAGAAGAAUUCAGCUUAUUGGAUCCCUUAUGGGUACAUUUUUGAGCUUUAUUCCCAUUGCUACUUACUUCUUCGCUAAGGAUUCUGGCUUGGAUGUCUCCGCAUACUCUGGAUGGGCUCCUCUUGUGGCAUUUUCAGGGAUAGCGAUUUUUUCAAUGGGGCUCAUUCAUACCCCAACGAUCAUCCUCACAGAGAUUGUGCCCACAAAGCUUCGAGGAACAUGCGUCUUUAUCAUUUACCUGGUAACGAGAGUUCAGUCAAUACUUAUGAUGCACUUUUUCCUUCCGUUGAUUGAUAAAUUUGGACUGCAUACGUGCAUGAUUGCAUUCGCAACCUGGACACUGUGUGAGGCAAUCUUCAUAUUCUUUUACUUGCCAGAGACAAAAGGAAGAAGUGUUGAUGAUAUUGUAAAAACGCUUGUUGAUAAACGAAAAAGAAAAUGCAAUAAAACAGAUUGUUAGGAGAUUAUAAA